UGAGUUUCUGUCAGUCCUCCUCAGACUGGUGACAGAGACGGACUGGUUCAUAGAGACAGACUGGUUCUGGUUCUGGUCCACAGAGAGCUGCUGAAGAUGAAGAAGAUGAAGAUGAUGAAGAUGAUGGUGGUCCUCAUCCUCUCCUGUGUCCUCGGUGUCUCAGCUGAUGCUCUUCAUGAUGAAAUAUAUAUGACUGGCUGUUCUGACUCUGAUGGAGAGAACAUGUACGGUCUGGAUGGUGAUGAGAUUUACUACGCAGACUUCAAGAACAAGAAAGCGGUCUAUCCUCAGCCUGACUUUGUAGGGUUUCGCUUCGUGGAAGGAAUUUAUCAACAAGCUGAGGCUAAUCAACAGAUCUGCAAACAGAACCUGGAUGUAGCUCGUCAAGCCUACAAGAACCCCCCCCCGGAGAGAGAUCCUCCCUCCAGUCCGAUGAUCUACCCCAGAGACUACGUGGAGCUGGAAGUGAAGAACACCCUGAUCUGUCAUGUGACUGGGUUCUUUCCUGCUCCUGUGAAGUUCUCCUGGACCAAGAACGGACAGAAAGUGACUGAAGGAACCAGCGUCAACGUUCCAUUUGUCAAUAAAGAUUUCACCCUCAACCAGUUCUCCAAACUGGACUUCACCCCCCAACAAGGAGACAUCUACAGCUGCUCAGUGACCCAUCCAGCCCUGAAGGAGCCACAGACCAGGAUCUGGGAUGUGGAGAAGACUCUGCCCGGUGUUGGACCUGCAGUGUUCUGUGGACUGGGUCUGACUGUGGGUCUGCUCGGUGUGGCUGCUGGAACCUUCUUCCUCAUCAAAGGAAACGAGUGCAGAUGAUUGGUCGGGGCUGAUGAUGUCAUUCUGUUCUCUUUGAUAACUUUCCUCCAUCUUGUAUCAAUAAACUCCUGAACACUGUGUUGAUCUGAUUCCUGCUGAACUGUCACUGAAUGCUCUUUAAGCUUUUCUGAUUCCAGAUGUAAUAAAGUGUUAAUCCAGAUGUGGACCUGUCAGUGUGUGUGUGGCCUGUGUUGGACAGUGACAUCAGCACCUCCUCCAGGUGUGAACAUCUGGAUCUGGUGGAGUUUCUCUGUAGAGACAGAAGUGAUGUUGACAGGAUGAGACUAUGAGACAAACUGUGUGUUGGUGCUGAGUCGGCGUCUCUGCAGGCUCCGCCCCUUUUAUUUAAACACCUUCGUGACCAGAUGUGUGAAACCUGCCGUCACUUAUAGAAUCUAUCAUCAGCCUCAUGUGGUUCUGAUCCAACACAUGAAUCAGGAUCUGAUCUAAACUCCCUGUUAGUUUCUUGUUGCACCAACCGGGUCGACGCCUGUUCUUAAACUCAGACGGGUCACUUUUCAUUCUACGUCCCAGCUGACGGUCUCACUGAGACCGGCUGAAGUUCAGACUGGGUUCAGUUCUGUUGGUGCAACAGGAUCCACUCUAUAGUCCGGUCCUGACUCAGACCAGCUGAGCAGUCAGAACCGGUCUAAAGACCCGUUGUAGCUCCGGCCUGAUGGAGCGACUGCAGGUUUAAUCCUCCAUCACUGAUCUGAUCUCUGAGUUCUCUGAACAGAACCAGUGAUGAAACAUCUGUGAACUGGUCCAGUGAAGCUCCCAGAUGUUGCUGAUGAUUCUGAUGUGCUGUAAUGUUUGUGAAGACGUUGUGUUGAACAUCAUGUGUGAGAUCUUUGGUCUGACUGAGUGAAACAGUUUGUUACAGCAGUCUGAAUGAAAUGUGAGUCGUCACUGAGCUUCAGUGUCCACCUCUGGAAUAAAACCUCCAAUCUUCA